UUCUGUCGAAUCAUCACUAUCUGACAAGAGCCUCAGCAAUACGGAAUGGAGCAAGUCAAUGAGCUCACCCAAGACGUGCUGCAAGAUCAUGAUCAGGCUUCCAAGAGACUCCCCAGAGCUGGCAAAACGCCACAUAUCAUAUUUCCCCCUCACACAGUUGCCCACAGCUUGCCCAUGAUGGUCAUUAAAGUCUGUUGGUCAUUGCAUCAGAGUGACCUGGAGCAUCGCACCUCCGUCGACGCGACAUGCACUUGUCAAGUUGAUUAUCAGUCUUGGCCAGAAGAUGGGGCCAAUGCAUCAAAAUGCGUAGCUCUUGAAAGAAAUGGUCUCCACCUGGGAACGCUCGUUGUGACAGCGGUCACACACCCCAGCCUCCAUCUCUCAGUCAGCCAGGUUCCCAGUGGCUCCUUAACUCCCAUAAAUAGCCUGUGAAUGGUUACUAAAAAUCUCCACUUUGACAUUUGCACAACAACAAGCUGAAGAGGCAGAGCAGCAAUGACUUUGUACGAGAGUAGACGGCGCAAUCUUGCCGUUCGUAUUCAAUAAACCAU